AUGUCUUCUAACGCGAGCAAACCCGGCCCCGGCACCCCCCGGCCGACCACCUCCCGCCCGCCAGCCAGAGCGAAAAACAGCCCCGGCUACCGCCAGCCGUCCCAAAGGGAGAAUCUUCACGAAGCGGCAACAGGGGCUGAAGACAGCACCACCGAUCCAAGGCGUCAUCCUGAGAGCAGACCUAGGCCCGACCCCGUCCCCGACCUUGAGACGGACAGUGACUCGGAAUCGGACUCAUCUGAGGAAGAGGCGUGGGCUGAUGCGCAAGAACACGCUGAUAAGCAUGGCGAGGGCGGAAGGGACGAAGAGGGCAAAGAGGCCGAGGGUGGUCAAGCAGAGGGGGGGAACGGUGGCCAGGCGAGACCAGAAAACAACGAAGCGGAAAACGAGCAGAGGUACAUGGAUGAUGAAUUCGACUUCGACUUCGACGAAUUCAUACACUACCCACCUCCUGACAACGCACCCCCCGGCCACCUACCCCCCGCCGUGGUGACGGCCAUCAACAUAACGCCGGACUACGACGACACAAGGGAUUUUCUCAUUCUCACCAGCCGACCGAGGCAUGAACCCAUCGCGGCGCCUCUCCAUCCCCAGCCCCUUACAAGCCGAACCCCUCCCCCCUACAACCCCAACCACAUCCGCAUCUUCCCGCCGCCGCAACAUCCCCCUUUCAACCCCAAUCCCAACCCUACCCUCCCCCUCCCCGCCACCCUCCCGCCCCCCCACACUCACAGCCUCCCCCUCCCCCUCCCCCUCCCACACCACCACUACCCACACCUACAUCACCCCCAUCCCCACCACCCAGCAACCACCGCCACAGCAGCCACCACCACCGCCGCCGCCGAAGCAGCAGCCGCAACCCCAGCCGCCGAAGCGGACCUCCACGCGCAAGAGCUCCACCUCCAACAACAAUACCAAGCGCAGCUCCGCGAGGCCCGGCUGCGUGCGGCCGCCCUGAGGCAGGAUAUGCAGACGGCGGCGGCGCGGCACACACAUAUGUUGCAGACGCUGGGGUAUUGUAGCGGGUGUGGGUUGUGCGGUGGCGGAGGUGGUGAUGGUGUUGGCGGUGGUAGUGGUGGUGGUGGUGCGAGUGGUGGUGGUUGGGAUGGACGUUGGGGUUGGUCUGGGCCUGGGACUAGGUCGCGCGGCAAGGGGCGUUGA